AUGUCUCAAACUUCAAACCAUUAUGCAAGUUUAGAUCCGCGUCGACUGCAUAGCAGAAGCUCAACUGGUUCAGCCAAAGGAAUUACAGUUCUUUCAGAUAGUUCUCGAGCUUCAGAUGUUAGAUUUAGCCCCACGAAAAAUACAAUUAAAACCAAAACGUACAAAAGAAAGAGAAUUAGAUAUCCUGAUGAACCAAAGAACAAGAAAAAGAUGACGUUAAAAUCUAGUUUGGAUAAAAGGGAAAAUAACAAUGUUUUAGAAAAUGCAAAUAUAAAAAGAGUCAAUAAUUAUAAUGAAAUGAAUUUAUCAUCACAUAACGAAGAAGAAAGUGACGACGAUGAAGGAUUUAAAACAAUAGAUAUAUCUAAAAUCAAUUCUCCAACAAAAAAACUUAAAAAUACUCCAUCACCUUUUGCGCUGAAAAAUUAUGAUUUACAAAUCCAAGGGCUUAUAGAUAUAAGUGAUGAAGAAGAGGAGGAUAAUCAGAUUAAAAGAAAGUGUAAAGAUUUUAACGUGGAUCCAACUAAUAUAAUAUAUUCAAUUUUGCAAAAUUCCAAGAAUAAGAAAGUUGAAAUCACCAGGAAGUAUAAAUCAAUGAAGAAUUUAAACCUACCGAAAAUUAUAAGAUCUGCAAAUCAGUUAUAUACGAAAGCAGAAAAACAUUUUGUAAUUAUACCAAAAAUACUAUCAGCAGAAGAAUUUCCUAGUAUUUAUUAUGCAUUAGCUAAGAAAGAAGCAUCUAAAUCGCUUCAUGAAACAAUGUCAAAUAAUGAUCUUAAGAAAAUUGAUUUAAUUAAGUUUUGUGGUGGAUAUUAUGGUUUUAAAAGACAAUCAAUUAUCGGAUCAUUUAUUAUGGAAAGAUAUAAACUGGAACUUAAUAAAUAUAACAAGAAUAAAGUUAUUCAAUGGUGGACGAAACAGAAUUUUGCAACUUAUGUAUUAGCUAAUGAAAUUAUAAUACGAAUGAUUAUGGAAGAUUUAAAUUUUACAUUUGAAAGAGCUGAAAAAUUUUGUCAAUUAUCAAUUGAUUAUGGCACAACAGUAGCUGAUACAAUUGAUGUUAUAGAUGAUAAAACAGAAGUUAAUCCAUUAAAUGUAGAAGAUAUAGUAAUUGAAUAG